AUGUUCGGAAAUCAACAAUAUAAUAUAAUAAAUUCACCCUUAGAACAAUUCGAAGUAACAAGUUUACUAGGAUUAAACGCACCUAUUUUAGGAUAUUUAAAUAUAAGUUUAACUAAUCUAGCCUUAUAUUCAUUAUUAGUAUUAUUUAUAAUAGUAUCAUUACACUAUAUGGCUAAUAAUGACACUAAAUUAGUACCUUCAAAAUGGUCUAUAGCACUAGAAAGUGUAUUUGCAAGUAUAAACUCAAUGGUAAGAGAACAAUUAGGUAAAGAACUAUACUUACCAUUUAUAUACUCAUUAUUCUUUUUCAUAUUAAUUGCUAACUUAACAGGUAAUAUACCAUAUUCUUUCACAAUAACUACAUCAAUAAUGGUGUCAAUUGGUUUAUCUUUCACUAUACUAAUUGCAGUAACAAUUCUAGGUUUAUCUAUUCAUAAAUUACACUUCUUCUCAUAUUUUGUACCUUCUGGUACACCUCUAGCAUUAGUACCUCUAUUAGUUUUAAUCGAAUUAGUUUCAUACCUAGCAAGAGCUUUCUCUUUAGGAAUAAGACUUUUCGCAAACAUGGUAGCUGGACACACAUUAAUGAAAAUAUUAGCAACUUUCUUAUAUCAAAUGUUUAGCGGUAGCUUAAUUGUAGCAGUUUUAACUUUAAUUCCAUUUACUCUAUUUUUAGCUAUAAUGGGACUAGAAUUAGCAGUAUCUUUUAUACAAGCUUAUGUAUUUGUAAUACUAACAUGCUCAUAUAUUAAAGACGCUAUUGAAUUACACUAA